GUUGACUGUAAACAAUCAAAACAUGUCUGAACGUAUUGUAGGAUGGAUUUUGUUCUUAUUAUUCAGUACUUCUGUAGGUUAUGAGGAAGAAAAUAAAUACACGGAUCCAAAUCAUGUAUCUGAUUUAUGUCUGGCAGAUGAUGGAACAGACAAAAACCAGUGUAGUAAAUCAGGACGGAAUGAACUGACACGGCUAGAUGGCGUCGAGGUUGGUCACACUCGUUUAAUCACACUAGAUGGAGAUAAGCCUUUACAUAUUUCAACACUGAAUAUGAAACCAUUAAUAUUUGAAAUUAAAGAUUUUUUUACUGAGGCAGAGUGUGAACAUAUGAUUAAUUUAGCCAAGAAAAUUGGACUUGAAAGCAGCAUAACCCAACAAGAAUCCAAGGGUGUUAAUGGUAUUAAAAUUAUGGACAGUAAUGGAGAUCAGAAACUGGACUUUACAGAGAUGAAAAUAACAAUUGAGGAUAAUUUUGAUAUAUACCUCGAUGAUGCUGAUUUAAGAACAAUUUAUGCAGAUCUUGGAAUUGACCCAAACAAAAAUGACCUGGUUACCAAAGAAGAGAUGUCAAAUGUUACACCAAGAGAGAUGACAGAAUAUAUGAAUUAUCUUGUGAAGACCUCACCAACUAAGAAAUCACGAUUUAGUGAACAGGCUUGGAUCUUUCCAGAUAACCACAAGGAUAAGCUGCUAGACAAGUUUAAACGAAGGUUAAAGGCUAUCCUUGGCAUUCCUCCAAUGUUGGUUGACAAACAUAAUGCCAUCCAAGUUGUCCAUUAUGGACAACAUGGUCACUACAAUGCCCACCAGGACUCGGGAUCCACCAACCUACCCUGCUGCCACCUACACAAGAACACUAAAUGCAUGAUUUGUCGCUAUCUUACAUUCAUGGUAUAUCUGAAUGAUGUUGAAGAAGGGGGUGAGACUGCUUUCCCAGUUGCCAAUAACAAGACAUUUAAUCAACGUGAUUUUCGUCACAGUGGCAGCACCCAUCUUAACUCCAAAUGUAGUGAGGCCAACCUGAGGCUUAAACCAGAGAGAGGGAAAGCUGUGCUAUGGUACAAUCACUUAAUUAAUGAAGAGACAGGAUGGCUGGGAGAAUUGGAUGAUUUCACAUGGCACGGAGGCUGUCCAGUUACCAAGGGAACAAAAUGGAUUAUGAAUCGCUGGAUUAAUGCUAGUCCUGACAAGGAGGUUGACCUUCAAUUGUAGGGGGUGUAACACACAUGCAGGAACAACCACCAACUAUAUAGCUUACGUCUUUAAAGAAACAACCCCCCCCCCCCAAAAAAAAAAAGGGAAAAAAAUGAAAAAUAAAUAAACAACAAAAAACAAAAACAAGAAUGGUAAAAGCAUACACACCAGGUCUCACUCAUUCUGCAUAAGACUCACACAUUUAGGGUCUGUCUCUCACUCCCACACUUAAGGACCAAAAUCUGACGCAUAAAUGUUAUGCCAUGUACUAUUUUUGACCUUUGUAGCCCUUACUAAAAAUUCUAAAGUACUUAAAUAUCAUGGUAACACCAUGUAUAUUUACACUGCACCAAGACUUCUUCCGUUAAAGUGCAAACUUCAUUGAAUUGAAGACUGGAGCGCUUGGUGGAAAUUGAUGCAAGCAGGCAGAAAUUUAAUUUAGUAUUCCCCUCUUGAAAAUAGUAAGAGACUGUGCCUGUACAACAGAUUCAUGAAGGAUGUUCAAUUCUCGUACAGUAUGCGGGAAGAAUGAUAAUUUGUGAUAGUCUCUGUAGACAUGUCAUUUUUUAAAGCGCUGUCGGAUAAGAUCAAAGAAAGCGAACAGUGUGAAAAAAAAUAGUAUGGAGACAACCUGAAAUGAUGUAUUCUCAAAGGGAAACAUGCAGAUCCUGAAUGCAUUUUUGAGCAUUUAGGAAAUGAAAUUUCAGGGGGUGGGGGUCAAACACCUUAAAGGGGGAAGGGUUGAAUUUUCAAAGGUCUCCUGCCUGCAAAUUUUUUAACUUGGGAGUGUCUGUGAAAGAAAUCUUACCUUUUACGUUUUUCAAAAUAAUAAGAUACAAAUUUGCUACAGUCGUACGUAUAUAAAUACAAAUAAACAUAAAGUAUUCAUUCAGAAUAUUUGCAAUAAACAAGAUAAAUAAUAAUAUUGAUACAUUCCAUAUAAAUAGGUCAGAUUUAUAAAAUAGCUACUUAUCAUUAUUUUACAGUAAUGAUGGAUGAUUUUCAUUUAAUAUAAUGAUGACAAUGUAAUGUUUACCAUAGUGGGGAUGAUUAUAAUGGUGUUUAUGACAGUGGUGAUUCUCAACUUUUAAAUUAAAUAAGCUAAUUCGCAGUUUGAACUGCACAUGCCCAAGUUCAAUCAACAUAAACUUAUGUUGUGUUUAUGUUUAUUGACCUUGAUACAGGCAUACGCUUAUAAGCGACUUCGAUAUCUCAAGAGGGCGCUACAUGUCAAAGGUCAAUUGAGACAAAAUUUGUGACUGAUACUUGCUUUUUGUUGGGGAAAGGCCAUGCAGGAAGUGGCAGUUAAUACAAAAUUGCAAUUAAUAAUGGAAAAUGAAUACUACACUUACAAAUCAGGUAUAGGCCUAGCAGGAGGUGCUAUACAUCGCCUCCAGAGAAGCAUGCAGCAGCCUGUUGUCUUAUCUCGUGGGGUGAAAAGUUGUCCCGAUUGACCUUUAUGACAUGUGGCGCCCUCUAGAAAUAUCAAAGUUGCUUAUAGAAAUUAACAGCUGCUUUGUUUUCCAUAAAAUUUCUACACUGUCUCUACAAUGCUUACACUGUAAUCAUUACACUGCUUUUUUGUUCCCGAAAGCAGGGUCCACACUGUGUCACAAUCGGAUGAUCAUCAGCCAACGAAUUCAUCUCUGAUCAUUGUGAGCGCUUGACGACAGAACGCCAUCUGUAUUGUCAGAUGCAGUCUGGGUGGAUCAUCAUUAAAAACGAUCCAUUACAAGCACCCCGUCGAGUUGUGUUCUGCAUAUGAAAACAACCAUCGACUUGGAUGUGCCUCUGCCUUCAGUGAGAAUAAUUGAAAUAUCUUGGGUUUUAAUCCUGAUGAGAACUAUAUAUUUCUUACUAUAUUUUAACACUUUAACUUUGUUAUUAUUUUUGUGAACUUAAAAUUUAUUAACUUCAAUCUUCAAUAUGGUCUCUUGUAAUCAAAUGGUGCAAUUUAAAAUUAGUUAAUGUGCAGUAAAUGUUACUUGAAAAUAUAAAGAUAUUGAGCUUGUAACAAGAGUAUGGCAUGUAUUUUAAAAACGACAGAAAUGCAUUCUUCUCUCAGCAUCCUAAGCCUCCCAGAAAUUGGAACGUCCUCCGGCACUGCCGCAAAACCAAGAAAAAAUAACCCGUCUCCUGCAAAUUCAUAACAUUCGUAUGUUUUUACUACUUUUAAUGAAUUGUCUCACGAUGGUUAUUGCCGAUGGGUAUCACCAUGCCCAGCAAAAUAAAAUAAAUUAUUUAAAGAAAGCUCAUUUAACGGGAUUUCCUGGAAGUGGAUUUCUUCCAACUUAGGAUACCUAUUAUUCUCUGAAUCUUUGUGAACAUUGAUAUCAAGUGAUACAGUUUUCAAAUCAAAUUGUAUGUCGAUUACAGUAUUAUGAACGUUAUUCACUUUGUAACUUUUACACCGGUAAGAAAUAUUUUUAAUCAAGUUUGGAUUUUCUAUGCAGUACCGUAGUUUUAAGCUCUCUCCACCCUAUCAAAUUUUGUGUGACAAAAUAAAGUGUGAUAUGCCCAUAUUUGGGUGUAAUUCAGUAUGACAUCACAAUGCCCAUAUAUGGGCACAUGACACAAAUUUGUCAAAUAACUUGAUAAUGUGAACAGAGCAUUAUUUGUAUUUUAUAAACAAUAUGAGAUAUGUUUAAUCUGAAUAGUGCCUUUUUACAUUGAAUGUUUUUUUUAAUGAUUGGUAAGUAAAUAAUCAUAUUUAUUGUAUUUGUUAACAGUAAACUAGAUUAUAUAAUACUGUACAUCGAAA